UUCAUUUCAAAAAAGAAUUACACUUUCAUCAAAUUAAUACCAUAACAAUGGAAAUAAAAAAAUUCAUCCUUACUCUUCUACUCAUUUGCUUCACUUUUUUCAUGUUAUUUCCAUUUUCAUAUGCUGCUCCAUUGUUAGAUCAUGAAGGGAAAAUGACUCUCCCUUCAAGUCCUAGGAAGCUCAAGUUCAAUGAACAUCCAAAUCAGGUGAAAAGCAAUGGAAAUCAAAUGAAUUUGGUACCAUUGAACACUGCACAAUUAACAGGUAAAGAACAUGAGGGAGAAGUGAUACAUGCAAGAAAAGGGACAAGGCAAGAGUGGGUUGAAGGGAAAGACACUUCUGAUUUCUUCACAAUGGACUAUCAUUGGGUUAGACGACGACGCCCCAUACAUAACAAGUCCAUUCGCCCAUAAAAUAACAAUCUCAAACUAGUCAGAAUCGACUUUUUAGUUUGUAUGAAUCCUCAAUAUAGUAUCAUAUAGUAAUUCCCGAUAUCAAGUAUAAAAAUGUAGUAGGUUUUUGGGAAUACAAUUUUGACGUGUGUUACAUUUUGUUGUAAUUAAUUAAGAGUUUAAUGAGGAUUAUG